UGAAAUUGAACCGGACGUCUGCAUCGACUGGCCGCAUAUAUAGAUAUAGCCCUAGGACCUAGCUACUAGUCCUACAUUAACUACAAUCCACAUUUUACAAUUACACUUACAUUUACAUUUACACCACCAUUGCCAAUCCAAUCCAAUACAAUCGCAUCACCACCAAGGGCCAUGGACCCAACCCCAACUCCAACCUUCCACCUCUCCCCACCAGACUAUACCUCGGAAGCGCACCUCACCAUGAACCUCCACUCCAAACGCCAGCAACAACAACAACACCCCAUAUCCCCUGGAAGCACGCCCGAAACCAACCUCCCAAUACCACCCACCCCCUGCUGCCCCUCCUGCCCGCAGCACACCCACAUCUACACGCCUCCAACCCUCCAACACUACGUCCUCCCCGACAUGCCCAUGCCCGACAUAAACCCCUACAGCAUGGACAGAAUGCACCUCCACUCACCCGACCUCGACAACCUCCUCUACGGCAAUGCCCCCUCCCCCUACGACUACGACUACGACUACUCCGACUCCCCUCCACCAACCUCCCUCCACCCCAUCCUCGACAUCACCACCAACACCACCCCAAUCCCAAUCCCCAAUACAAGUACACCAGACUACCUCCUCCAACCCAGCGACUGGAUCCGCACAACAGCAGAUUACUACAACAACACCACCACCAGCUCGCACGCACAGGCACAACAAGCACAAGCUCCAAGCUACAUCCCCCAACGCACAACCUCCGCCGUAGCAUUGGCAUCAGCAUCCAUGACCUCAACACCGCCAGCCCAAGCCCAAACACCCCUAUCACACCCUUACCCGUCUUCCAACAACAGCCAGAAAGACCUAACAAACUACGGCAUCCGCAACGCAGACCAAACAUGGCGGUGCGCGUAUCCGGGGUGCUCGUCGUCGACGAUCUUCCGGCGCGGGUGUGACUUACGCAAACACUAUAAUCGACAUCGGAAGCAUCUAUUUUGUCGGCAUGGAGGGUGUCCGCAGGCGGUGGCCGGAGGGUUCUCGAGUAAGAAGGAUCGGGAUAGGCAUGAGGCAAAGCAUAAUCCGCUUGUGGCGUGUGAGUGGGAGGGGUGUCGGAGGAUGUUUAGCCGGGUGGAUAAUAUGAAGGAUCAUGUGAGGAGGAUUCAUAGGAGGGGUUCUUGAUUGUCUUUCUUUUUCUUUGUUUGCUUUGGGUUUGUGUGUGUGU